AUGCCGCAGUUUGAUGAAUCUUUUUUGAGCGACUGUGCGCUCGCUGACCGCUGGCAUGUCUACUCGUACACGCUCAAGCAGCUGCCGCCGUCGCAUCCCGUAGAUCCCAAAGCCAGCCGAGCUACCAAAGCGGCUCCCAGAGAUGAUGAACAUCAUCAUCAGUAUCAUCAUCAGUAUCAUCAGCAUCAUCAGCACCAUCAUCCGCAUCAGCAUCAGCGGCAAUCAUGGUCGCCGCGAGAUAGCAACAAUAACAGCAACAUCAGCAGCAACACUAGCGGCAACACGUUGCAUAGCAUUAAAUUCCACAGACGUCGCAAAUACAAAAAGCUGGCACGAUUGGCGCUAUCAACGCCAGCGAUUCCACUGGCAAUGGACUCCCCAACACUUGGUCUAGUGCCGCACAAGAAUUCGCUAUUAUGCCACGGCAGCAUCAGUUCUCCAUCCACGCCCGGCACCUGUUCGGUCGGUGGAGGCGGCUGCAGCAGCAGCAGCAACAAUAGCAUCAACAGUGGUGGCUACUCCACGGCGUGUACCCCGCCACCGGCAGCACAUCACCAGAACCAUCACCACCAGCAGCAGCAGCAGCAGCAGCAACAUCACCAGCAGCCAUCAACACCUGGAAGUCGUGGUGGAGUGCCUCCGGCACCAUUAAAUCUCAGUGGAAGCGGCCAGAGUGGUUCGUCGGGGCAUAAGAACAGCCUCAAGGGUACCAAAUUGGCGCGACGGGCGCGCUCCUUCAAGGACGACCUGAUCGAAAAGAUAUCCCUGAUGCGGACCACAAACAAUACGCUGGGACGAUCCCAUUCGCCGCAUAGUCCGCGCACCAAGCAUGGCACCAAGCCGCCGCCCACCACCGAGGAGGUGCAACGAUCCACCCAAACGCUGGAGACGCAUGUCAAGGAUAUUUCCAAUGCCCUCAAGCAUUUCCGGGAUGUUAUACUCAAGAAGAAGCUGGAGGUGCUGCCGGGUAAUGGAACGGUGAUCCUGGAGACGAUUGCCAGCAUGUACUCGGUUAUACAAAACUACACGCUGAACGAGAACAGUGCCAUUAUGACCUCCGCCACACAGCAGGUGUACCAGAGCCUGGGAAAGCUGAUCAAGCUCUGCGAUGAGGUGAUGCUCUCCGAGGAGAGCGGCGAGUGCGCCUCCCUAAGCAAUGAGAAUGUCCGCGAGGUCAUAGAUCUCCUGGAGGAUGCAGUUCGGAAUCUCGUGACAUUGGCUCAGGGCAAGCUGAAGGAGGAUCAGUGCGCCUUUCGCUACAGUGGCUCUGGAUUGGGCAGCAUAGGAGCUGCAGCGGAAAUUAUGGGCGCUGUCACGGCCUCAUCGGGUGUCGGUGGAGGACUAGGAGGAGGACCUGGAACUGGCAUUGGACUCGGCAUGGCCAGCAUGCGUGUCUCGGCAGCUGAAUCAGCGGCAGUGGCACAGCGCACCUCUCUGCCGGACAUUGGAUUGACGCCCAAGGAGCGCGACAGCCUGGAACAGUGCAAUGUGAAUCCCAUGCGCGGCUCCCACAGCACCGAGAGCAUCCUGCGCGAUUCAAGUCCGCCGCCAAAGCCACCGCUACCCAAUCGGGCCAGCAAUCCGCCACCGUUGCCGCCAAAGCGACGCAGCCAGCCGGGCGCAGCGAGCGGUGGGGGAGUGGGUUCAUCGUCGACAUCCACCUCCACCUCGAACCAGGCCAGUCCACAGCCCUAUGCCCAGUCGCAUAACAUCAGCCUCAACUCGGAUCUGGACUGCAGCUCCAAUAUAUCGCUGCUAAACUAUGGCGUGGAUAGACUCUCAGUGCGUUCGCGUUCGCCGGAUGAGAACAGCCAGUGCUCCUUUGACUCGGCGCUGAAUCACUCGCGCGAGGAGGAGGAUCAACAGCAGCUUCAGCUCCAGCAGCGGCAGGAGACAUUGGAGAGCAAGCUGAUUAGCCACAGUGAGUAUAAUCGUCAUGAACAGCCGCCAACGACGACGACAACAACUCCCACUCCCGUGGUGGUUACCCCAAACGAAUCCCGUACGAAAAUAGAAACCGAAACCGGCACAACUACCGAGGCAACCGAGGCAUCAUUAGAGGACAAAGUGCUGCCCAAUGCUGGCGGAGCAGGAGCAGGAUCAGCAGCAGCAGCGGCUGGUGGUGGUGGUGUUUCAGGUGGUGGAGAAACCAACACGGAGCUGCGCAAGGCUGCGGCAGCACUCACCAGCAAUCGUCACUCCAAUGAAUCCGGUUUCGUGUCCAUGAAGUCCUUUCGCACCUCCACUCAGAGCGUCUCCAAGCGCUCCUCGGACUACAGCAAGUCAUCCAGCAGCAACUCGGAGAUUGCCUUCAGCAUCAGUGAGUCGGCGGCGGCCAUGGUGAGCACUGGGGAGUACCAGCAGAUAAGCCAGUCGGUGUCGCAUAGCAGCCGGAGUUGCACCACCACCACCACGACAAGCACUGGCUAUGCCAGCAGCGGGGAACUGGAACAGAUCCUGGAUGGGGAUCUGGCACCGGCCUUGCCGCCGAAGAGCAAUCAACGUGGUAGCAUCGCCGCCGGAGCCGCCUCAGCCGUGGCAACCGAUGAACUGGAUGAGGCUCAGUCGUCGUCCAGUGGCUGGGCCAGCCAUCGGAGCAGUCAGUCGGAGGUGGCCGAGCUGAGGCAACUAUCCCCGCAGCAGCAGCAGCAGCAGCAGCAGCAGCAGCAUCUCCAUCAUGCCCAGCAGCUGCAGCAGUGGCAGUCCAAGCAUCACAGCCUGAUUGAAGGACCACGCCUGCAGCUGGCUGGCAGCGGGAGCUGCAGUGCGUUCGAUCAGCGGCAUCUGGAGGAGCCGCCACCGUUGCCCAUGAAGAAGAAGCACAUGUUUCAGAGUGUGGCCUUUUCGGUUCUGGCCUACAUGGAGAUCUGCUCGGCCUCCACACGCUCCAUCGAGCAGCAUCGCCACACGAUGCACGCCUACAACCUCAGCCGCAACAUCUCGCACAGCCAGACCAUGAACAUCAUGCCCAUGAGCAAAGAGCUGUCGCCGGAGCUGGAGACACCGCCGGCGCUGCCGCCCAAAAACUACAAGCAGCGCAAGGCCAACAGUGUGGCCACAGGAGGAUCCUCCUCCUCCUCCUCCUCGUCGAAGCCCAUCAUUUUGACAACAAUGACUCCGCCGCCGAGCCCCAAGCCCAUCAUAGUGACCACAACAACCCCGCCACCAACACCGCCAGCCAGUCCCAAGCCAGGAGCAGCAGCAGCAGGAGCAGCAAGUGGAGGUGCAGGAGCAGCAGCAGCCUCAGGCAGCAGUGCCGAGAAUGGAUCCACUGGCAGACCGGAUAGCCGAAUGGCCACGGUCUGUGAGGAGCUCAGCGGCGAGGAGAACAUGCCUGAGGCAAUGCCUUGGACACCAGCGCUAGAUGGCUAUGGCUACUACUGUCACUCCCAUCAGCUGCCCAACGAAGUGGACAAUGCGGGUCAAAUGCCGUUGAAUACACCCCAGCUGCUGGACGAACAGGUGGUCGAGGAGGUCCCCAAUGAGGUGGUAGCCGGAAAUGAAACUUCCAAGCAGCAGCAGCUGCAGGAGGCUGAGGCUGAGGCGGAGGCGGAGGCGGACCCGGAGGCGGAGGAGAUGCUGAUCAAUAUGCUGGAGGAGGUCAACAUCGGACGGUACCUGAUACUCAAGAAGAAGGACGAGGAUGGGCCGGAGGUGAAGGGUGGCUACAUCGAUGCCCUCAUCGUGCAUGCCAGCUGCGUGCAGAAGGUGGCCGACAAUGCGUUCAGCGAGGCGUUCAUCACCACCUUCCGCACCUUCAUCCAGCCGAUCGAUGUGAUCGAGAAGCUGACCCAUCGCUACACAUACUUCUUCUGUCAGGUGCAGGACAACAAGCAGAAGGCCGCCAAGGAGACCUUCUCGCUGCUGGUGCGCGUGGUCAAUGAUUUAACGUCGACGGAUCUCACCAGCCAGCUGCUGAGCCUGCUGGUGGAGUUUGUCUAUCAACUGGUCUGCUCCGGCCAGCUGUAUCUGGCCAAGCUGCUGCGCAACAAGUUCGUGGAGAAGGUGACACUGUACAAGGAGCCCAGGUUGCAUGGUGGAGGAGGCGGGCUCGAGCUUGAGCUGGGCGGAGGCGGCAGCUCUGGCGUGGUCAGUGGAGGCGGCAGUGGCCUGCUCGAUCUCAAGUCGCUGGAGAUAGCCGAGCAGAUGACCCUGCUGGACGCCGAGCUGUUCCAGAGGAUCGAGAUACCCGAAGUAUUACUAUUUGCCAAAGAUCAGUGCGAGGAGAAGUCGCCCAAUCUCAACAAGUUCACCGAGCACUUCAACAAGAUGUCCUAUUGGGCGCGCUCCAAGAUCCUGCGUCUGCAGGAUGCCAAGGAGCGGGAGAAGCAUGUGAACAAGUUCAUCAAGAUAAUGAAGCAUCUGCGUAAGAUGAACAACUACAACUCGUAUCUGGCGCUACUCUCUGCGCUGGAUUCGGGACCCAUAAGAAGAUUGGAGUGGCAGAAGGGCAUCACGGAGGAGGUGCGCUCCUUUUGCGCCCUCAUCGAUUCCAGUUCCAGUUUUCGGGCCUACCGCCAGGCGCUGGCCGAAACCAAUCCGCCCUGCAUACCCUACAUUGGCCUGGUCCUUCAAGAUCUAACGUUUGUCCAUGUGGGCAACCAGGACUAUCUGUCCAAGGGCGUUAUUAACUUCUCCAAGCGCUGGCAGCAGUACAACAUAAUUGUCAACAUGAAACGUUUUAAGAAAUGUGCCUAUCCAUUUCGACGCAACGAGCGCAUAAUACGCUUCUUCGAUAACUUCAAGGACUUUAUGGGCGAGGAGGAGAUGUGGCAGAUAUCAGAGAAGAUAAAGCCCAGGGGACGGCGCCCCGUCAACUACUAAUUAGUCGAAAAACACCAACUUUAUAUAUACAUAUAUAUAUUAAAGGAUAUAUACAAUAUAAUAUAUAUAUAUCUGGAGAGAGAGAGAGAGCAUCACUAUCUCCGUCUACAUACAAAUUAUACAAGAUAUAUGUAGCUGCAUCCGAAAUACAUCGUAUAUAGUAUAUAUACUACUACCUACCUAAGAUAUAUAGGCUCGACGAGUUGCGACCUCAGCUAACUCGGCUAACUACUCCCCACCAAGUAACUACUAAUCCUGGAGAACCACCAUCACCACCACCACCACCACCACCACAACCACCAGCAAUCCAAGGCCCAGAGAUCCUUUUACAGAAGACAGCAAGAGAACACAACGAAUUUUUGGGAGUGGGCGAAGAAAAGAUAAGAUAUAACUACUACUAUAUAUGAUACGAUAUACUGUGUGUAGGAAUAUCUCUCAAUGCAGCCAAGUAACCCAGCACAAGGCGAGUUAUAUAGGCCAUAUAUACCUUAUAUACCUUGCUCUUCAACCAAAUAACUGAUAACUGCUAAACUAAACUAAAUAAAUGUGUGUGUGUUUUUAGCAGGGGCCGUAAAUAAGAAUAAUGAGUUUUUCAAGAAAAUCCAGAUUAAGGCUUUGGAAAGUUUAAUAAUUUCACAUUUUUGAAGUAAAAA